AUUAUGCUUAUGCAAUACAAGUCUCGCCAGUUUAGUGUCGGACGUCGGCGCACGCGCACCUGUGUUGAAUAUUUUUAAGCACUUAAAGCGCUUCAAUGUUUUCGAGGCAGGGUUUGGUUGCUGUUCUCAUAAUCUCGUAUACUUCAACUAUCCAAACAGCGAAUGACGAAGACACAUCGAAAUGGGUGCAGCAAACAUUUAACAAUGCGACCGAGGACGACAUUGAUUUAACACCAACCGGUGAAAAAAUAAAUGAUCUAGACUGUAUCACGGACAACAGUGAGGUGGGUACCUGUGUGGUGUAUUAUCUUUGCGAUCCAGACACCCACACCAUAAUCGCUGAUGGCACAACACUCAUAGAUAUGAGACAGAGGCAGUGUAUAUCAUACCUGGAUGUGUGCUGUGGGCACAAGAGCAUAUUACCUGAAGAGACACUGACCACAACACAGAAGCAACCAAAUACGAAUCCUCAUGACGUCAUUAAAUUCCAAGAAGAGCUUCAUACAACACCAGCUACUUUUAAUGCUACUUUUAGUGAUGACAAAAUGGAGAAGAAUUUGCAUUCUAGUGUUGCAGAACACUUCUCCAGUCAGUGUGGCUGGGAUGUGCCGAGUCUAUUUGUAUUCCCGAAGAACGAUUCAGCUAUUUACGCAAACUAUGGCGAAUUCCCGUGGGCAGUCGCUCUUAUAAAGAAAAAGCCAACAAAAACAUGGUCACCAAACGACUACCUGGGUGGUGGUACUCUGAUCCAUCCGUCGGUGGUACUGACGGUAGCACACAAGGUUGACAAAAUCAAUGCUCAAAAGAUAAAAAUCCGCGCUGGUGAGUGGGAUACACAAACGGUCAAAGAGAAACACCAAUAUCAAGAGAAAAAUGUGAAGAGAAUCCUAAUUCAUCCCCACUUUUUUAAGACAUCGUUGUACUUCGACGUGGCGCUGCUCAUCACGGAGAGCCCAUUUGAUCUUGCAGCCGCACCUCAUAUAAAACCAGCUUGUCUUGGAACGAGUCUCCCAUCCCCCGGGACAGAAUGUUUCAGUAUGGGCUGGGGUCCAGAUUUUAAUAAUGAGGAUAAAUAUGCGACUAUCUUGAAAAAGAUCCAGUUACCCUUGGUGGGGUCGGGAGACUGUACGGAGAAACUCCAGCAGUCCAGACUAGGGACGUAUUUCAGAAUCCACUCGUCCCUAACCUGUGCUGGGGGUAUAAAGGGAAUCGAUACGUGUCAGGGUGACGGGGGCUCAGCUCUAGUCUGCCCUAUAGAGACCAAGAAUAAUUACACUCGAUAUGUAGCAUAUGGCUUGGUAGCGUAUGGAAUCGACUGCGGUGUAGCUGAUCGACCAGGUGUGUACGCGAACAUACCAGCAGCACUCGAAUGGAUAAACCAAGAAAUGAUCAAACAGAACUAUGGUAUUGGAACGUACACCGCAUGAGCUGAUCGUGUUUAUUAUGUAAAGUUAAUUAUAUAAAUAAAUGUUUUAUAAUUU